GGCUCCGGUGCAGCACACGGACUGUCAAAUCACCGCGUAACUUUGCUCAAUCACUGGAUUAAACAUCACUUUUGGAGUACAAAAACUUACUUUUCCGGGGUGUACCGUUAUCGGACCAGUCUUGGAUGAGAUGGAGGUUUAGGAGGCCUGAUUGUCGUUGUAAAGAGUAAGAUUUGGGUUAUAUUCAGUGUUUGAUGGCUGCUGGGGAUGGAGCCCAGCUGCCGGCGACCGUAGCGGCCAGCAGGAGCGUGGAGAAGGCGCUGGAAGAGGCUGCGUCCAGCGGAGCGCUCAUCCUCUCCAACCGUAAACUAAAAGAGUUCCCCCGCACCGCCAAGAACUAUGACCUGUCCGACGUUACACACGCAGAUCUGUCAAAGAACCGGCUCUGUGAGGUGCCAGAGGAGGUGUGUCAGUUUGUCUCUCUGGAGACACUCAGUCUGUACCAUAACUGUGUGCGAUCCCUCACGCCCAGCCUGUGCCAGCUGCAAGCCCUCACCUACCUCAACCUCAGGUACACACACACCCCUCCCCAGAUACACAUGGUACUCUCGGUUGUCUGUGAUAAAAUGCCUCUAAAACUUUUGGUUCUUUCUGUAGUGAAUGGAGACCUGGAGCAAGUGAAUUUUAUAGACAACAGUGUAACGGAGGAAGAAGAGGAGAGGUGUCACCCUCCGCUUACAGAGCCCCCUCAGGAAAAGAGUGAAAGUACCAGCAGCACAUCCUCCCAGAGCCCCGAGUCUACAUGCAGCAGGAUAUUUGUGAUUGGAGAUGGUUCAGACUCCGGCUCACCAUCCAGUCCUACUUUAGAGGAGAGAAGGAGACCUGGAAACCUGCUCAUCUGGCAGGAGAGAGAGAGAGCCCAACAGCAGAGAGACAGAACUAGCACUUUGCAGAAGAUGACUGUAAAAACAGGAAGUAACUUGGCAACGACGACAAAGCACGGAGGAACAGGAAGUGUUUCAGGUGGUGAUUCUGAUAGCAACGCUCCACCCAAUGGCCUGAAACAGAGAUGUGCAAGUGUAGAUCAGGUUUCUCCAUCCUCUCAAUCGGGGUCUUUACAGCGCUCCAUCAGUCGCCCAGAUGCAUCCUCUGUGAAGCCCUGUUCUCCUACAGGUUCUGCUCCCAAACCCAACAGCUUCUUAUUCCGCACAUCCUCACGCUGCAACGUCAAGACAGGAUCAGGAAACAGUUUGGCGGAGUCUGGCUGCAGUGACUCCCGCUCCACACUCAGAUCCCCUCGAGAGGAGAGAACAGACAUCUUGCAACUGCGUAAAACUCUGGAGUCGCGUCUGAAGAUCUCUGUGCCUGAGGAUCUGGGAGAGGCAUUGUCCAAUGGCACAAUUCUAUGCCAGUUGGCCAAUCACGUGCGACCCCGUUCUGUGUCAAUCAUCCACAUCCCCUCACCGGCAGUGGACACACUGUGUCCGCCGCAGCUGAUUCUGGAGGAAGAGGGGCUCACGCGCAUCGCUCAGACCGUUCAGGCACUUUUGGAGUUGCCUACAUCAGGUUCCCGUCGCUCAUCCCGUCAGGACCCCUCAGGGCUUCCUCUUCAAUCCACGACUCAAAAUCAAGAUGCUGCCUCCUAG